UAAACGCAGGGUGGUGCCACUAACUGUAAUUAUGUCGCUGUAAGCUCCUCCUCCGUCCAUUUUUAAUCUCUUAUCCGCUAAUGCUGCGGCAGACAUUUACCACAGGCAGCGGGCAGCUAACGCGGGCUAACAUAUCCGAGGUCUGAGCCGUGAUUGGGGAAUUUUCCAUCGACUCCCGGGAGACCGUGUCAGGAAACAGCCUGAACCUGCGAGGGCUCGGCCGCAGACGGAACACCUGUGCAGCGCUCACGCAGGACACACACGCAGUCAGAACAGCAGCAUGGCCGGUUCUGGGGAUACAGAGGGAUCUUUAACUCCCGUGGUUUUCAUCCAGCUUCAGCAAUACAUGGAAGAAAGCAGUAUGAGAGUUAAAGAUGUGAUCAAGGAUUUUCGUCCAGGAGGUCGUCUGUCUGAGUACAAUACUGGAGAGUACAUUAAUGCCAAAGGCUUCCGUCUCUUCCUCGAGACCUACCUGGAGCAUAAAAACUUCCCUGAAGACUUCUGUGAGCGACUUUUUCGCUAUUUUCAGCACGCGGAGCAGAAUGGCUCCAACAAGACUGUGAUGCCCAAAGAAGGUAGAGUGUAUCUGCGCGACGUGUCCUGUUACUUUUCUGUGCUGGAGGAAGCACAGCCACGAGAGAAGCUUGAAUUUACGUUCAAACUCUACGAUGCAGAUGGGAAUGGGCUCUUGGACAGCUCUGAAGUGGAUCGUAUAAUCACCCAGAUGAUGAGGGCUGCAGAUUACCUGGGUUGGGAUGUGACUGAGCUCAGACCAGUGCUGAAAGACAUGAUGACUGCCAUCGAUGUGGACAGCAGUGGGACUGUCACUCUGGAGGAAUGGGUGAAAGGAGGCAUGAACAAUGUACCGUUACUUGUGCUGCUGGGUUUAAAGAUGAUUGAGAAGGAUGGGCAGCACAUGUGGAGGAUGAAGCAUUUUAACAAACCAACCUACUGUAGCCAGUGUGAAAACAUGCUGCUUGGCCUCGGGAAGCAAGGACUCUGCUGCAUCUGCUGCUCCUAUACUGUCCACAACCAGUGUGCCAACAAGAAAUUAGAGACCUGCCCUCCUACUUUUGUCAAAUCCAAGCAGGAAAUUGGCAAAUCCUCUCAUGGCUGGAUCAAAGUUGACUGCAACAACAGCAAGUGUGAGGUUUGCUCCAAGAAGAUUAAAAAUCUAACUGGGAAACGUUGCGUGUGGUGCCAGGAGAUGCGUCACGAGGCCUGUGUUUUGCCAGGCAUACCAAGAUGUGGUUGUGGGCCACUGAAAGACCACAUUCUGCCUCCGUGGGCCAUUUAUGCUGUCUCAAAGGAGGAGGACAGCUGCCUGUUGAACGUCACUCCUGAUGGCCACAUCCUGCAGAUUGCUCAAAUUCCUGACACACAUCCUCUGUUGGUGUUUGUGAACCCUAAAAGUGGAGGAAAGCAGGGUGAAAGAGUGCUUAGAAAGUUUCAGGGACUUCUAAACCCUCGUCAAGUUUACAACCUGUCCAAUGGAGGUCCAACCCCCGGGCUGCACUUUUUCCGCACUUUGACUCAGUACAGGAUCCUGGUGUGUGGAGGGGAUGGCACAGUUGGGUGGCUCCUGGAUGCCAUAGACAGAGCAAACCUGCAGGUUCAUCCUCCGGUGGCCGUUCUCCCUCUGGGAACAGGCAAUGACCUGGCUCGCUGUUUACGCUGGGGAGGAGGCUAUGAGGGCACUGACCUGAGAGAAAUCCUGAAGGAGAUCGAGAAAAGCGAGGUGAUUCCUGUUGAUCGCUGGAGCGUCCGGGUCAUACCAAACGACCCUCAAGAGGCAGGAGAUCCUGUACCCCAAGAAAUUAUUAACAACUACUUCUCCAUUGGCGUUGAUGCCUCUAUAGCUCAUCGUUUUCACUCCAUGAGAGAGAAACAUCCUCAGAGGUUUAACAGCAGGAUGAAGAACAAACUGUGGUAUUUUGAGUUUGCCACUUCUGAGACCAUUUCUGCUUCCUGCAAGAAGCUCAACGAGAGUCUCGUAAUCGAGUGCUGCGGAAAGCGUUUGGACCUGAGCAGGGUGGCCUUAGAGGGUAUAGCCAUUCUCAACAUACCCAGCAUGCAUGGGGGCUCCAACCUUUGGGGAGAAUCUAAGAAACCGGAUAGUGUGUCAGAGGUCGGGCGUGGCGAGGUCAUAACUGACCCAGAACACCUUAAAACCGUCACACAAGAUAUGAGCGACAAGCGUUUCGAAGUAGUGGGUCUGGAAGGCGCCAUGGAAAUGGGGCAGAUCUACACUGGACUGAAGAGUGCGGGCCACAGACUGGCACAGGCCUCCCAGAUUACCAUCAGAACAACCAAAGCUUUGCCCAUGCAGAUUGAUGGGGAACCCUGGAUGCAGCCUCCUUGUACAAUCCACAUAACUCACAAGAACCAAGCUAACAUGCUAAUGGCUCAACCAACCAAACCAUCAGGCUUCUUUCACCUGAAGUGAGGCUUUUACGGCAGCUUCCCGCCCACAGAGUCACAGCAGAGUCUUUUAAUGUCCAUUGCUGAAUGUGCGUCUUUGUUUUGUCGUGUCCAUCCUUAGCUUUGAAUCUGCUUUUCAUUUUACAAUGUUUGCUUGCAUUUGUAACGUAAAGGAAGGAAAUAUAGCCCUGACCUCCAGAGUUCAACAACACAGCUACAUCCGAGAUCUUUUCAAAUCUCUUUGAAUUUUGAUGCCUGUUCCCAGGCAUUGUACUGUUGUACCAUAACUUUAAUGACACUUAUUUGAGAUAUUUUAUCAUCUAGUUAGCAGAAAAAGAGCCAACUCUGUAUUGGUCUUUAAAACUUUACAUUUUAAGGGUUUAGUUGUUUUCAAAAGUAUUUUUAAAUUGUUAAAGGAUUUUCCAAAAACAGCCAAAUAUAUACAUAUUUUUUCCAGAAACAGAUAUUUUUUUAAUAUAGCAAGUCUAUUGAAUUAAAUAAAAGUUUUGUCCUUUAAUGACUUUAAUUUCCAAACACUUUCUGUCUGAUUUGUGUGCCAACUUAAUGUGAUGUAACGUCUGCAUGAUAACAAAAGAGCAGAAAAUUGUGUUUCUGAAGAACACUAACAUAGAACACGGAUGUGUUAUUGCACUAGAUGUUGUGAUGUUUUUGUGUGAUUUCUGUUUAUUGUGUGUUUACUGCAACUUGUAAUGAAGUGGCUUUGUGUGAUCUCCACAAUUGCUCACCUUUGUAAUGAACACUGUCCCGUCGUGUGGCUGGAGGAAUUAUUCAUCUAUAAACAAAAGGUUCUAGAUCUAAAUCUAAAUCUAUUUAAUUUGAUUUGAUUUGUCUCAUAGAUUUAAAAAUUGUUGAAAAAUUAUAUUUGAUGGUUUUGUCAGAAAUCAAGUGAAACAUCCCAACUUCAUGAGUAAUCCACUGCUUUAGUUAGAUGCUCUAAACAUGAGUAAUACGAACUUAAUUGAUGGUAGUAAAUUAUUAAUUUCACAUUUUCAAUAUCAGAAUCAUUUCCAUAAACCAACUCAUGCCAAAAUGUGGUGACAGCAAGCCAAAUGUUAUUUUUGUGAUUCUCAUUUUCCAGUGAUGUAUUUAAUUUUUUGUCUUCAGCUUUUAUAAAUCUGUUUACUUUUUUCCCUUUGGAUUUCCAAUUAUUCAUGUGUUGCAAGCUUCAUGAUUGUCCGUUUAUUUUGUCUGGUAAAUAUUCAAUGUCAUGUAACCCUUGUGCUAUCCUAGGCACUUUAACAUUGGGAGUUGGGUCAUCUAGACCCACUAGACAGUGUACUGAACCUUUUUUGAUUCAAUGAUUGGUGAUCUUCAUUGGUGUCCAUGGAUUACAUGAAAUCUUUCCACCUUUAUCCACCUUUGUCAUGGUAGGGAGAACAUGUCAAUGUAAAGGUGGGGUCAUCUAAGAUAGCACAAGGGUUAAAUGUGAGUCCUAACAGUGUUGUAUUAUCAUUUUUACAAUGUAAUCUGACAAAUGUUCAACAUAUUAAAUACAAAUGCAGUUUUCCCA